AACUCUAAGAAUCUCACUCAAUUCAGCAGAAGCAGUAGCAGAGCUGAGAGUUGAGCUUCAAUGGGUUCCGUUUCUUUGAAAAUUGGAGAUGGAACAGCAAGAUUCAAGAGGGCAACUCUGUGUUCUUCAGCUCUCAACAUUCUCAUGCUCAUUUCUGUGGUCACUACCAAUCUUUUCGCAUUAUAUGCCUUCACUUACUCUCCCAAAGAUCGCGAAAUCCAUACGCUUAAUCGAACACACAAGAACAUUUCAUUGAUAUCGGAGCAGGUUUCUUUAAUUCUUAGAGAGAUUGAUGUUUCUCAGAAGAAGCUUGCUCAGAUGGAGAAGGAAAUUCUUGGAUAUGAGAGCAUCGAUCUCUCCAGAUCUAAUGUUGCAAAUGAGCUCAAACUCUUUCUACAGCGUCAUCCUCUUCCUCUUGGUAAGGAUUCUAAAAGUGGAAUCACUGAAAUGGUCGCAUCUGUGGGGCAUUCAUGUGAGAAAUCUAUGGAUCUUUUGUCGCAGUAUAUGAACUACAAGGUUUCUGGACCUUGUCCUGACGAUUGGAGCCUUGCUCAGAAGCUGAUUCUUCGUGGAUGCGAGCCAUUGCCGAGGCGCAGGUGUUUGGCUAAAUCUGUGCCGAAGGUAGGUUUACAACCUUUCCCUAUAUCUCUGUGGAAACCUGUUAGUGAUAAGAUUGUUAUGUGGAGUGGACUUGGAUGUAAGAAUUUCCAGUGUUUGAAUAGUAAGAAAUUAGGGAGAGAUUGUGUUGGUUGCUUUGAUUUGAUUAAUGGGUUUGAGAAUCAGAGAUUUGUUAAGGCUAGAGGGAAGAAUGAUUUUCCAAUUGAUGAUGUUUUAGCUUUGACUAGCGGUGGAAUCAGGAUAGGUUUCGAUAUUGGUGGAGGGUCUGGAACUUUUGCUGCUAGAAUGGCUGAGAAAAAUGUUACUGUCAUAACCUCUACUCUGAAUAUUGAUGCUCCAUUCAGUGAGUUCAUUGCUGCAAGAGGGUUGUUUCCUCUCUUCUUGAGUUUAGAUCAUAGAUUCCCUUUCUAUGACAAUGUUUUUGAUUUGGUUCAUGCUUCAAAUGGUUUGGAUAUUGGUGGAAAGCCUGAAAAACUAGAGUUCCUUAUGUUUGAUAUCGAUCGGAUUUUAAGAGCAGGUGGAUUGCUUUGGCUGGAUAACUUCUAUUGUGCUAAUGAUGAGAAGAAAAAAGCUUUAACUCGCUUGAUUGAGCGAUUUGGAUUCAAAAAACUGAAGUGGGUCAUUGGGGAGAAAUCUGAAUCAGGCAAAUCAGAGGUUUAUCUGUCUGCUGUUUUACAGAAGCCUGUAAGAGUAUGAUGAUGAUGAUAGCUAAUCUUCAACAGAAAAGGAAAGAAAGGUAAGAGAUAAUCAAUUUUUUCUCAAUCCUUGAUAUAAAAAAUAUUGAGUGAGUUAUGCUAAUAGCAUUCUCAUUACAUAUUUCAAAAGUGAAAUAAUGAAUAGCAUAAGUUGUUUAUUCUGCUUACUAUGAUACUAGUUAUGAACAAGAAUAUAGCAUUAGAUCAGUCACUUAGAUGUUGUUCUGUUCUUCAAUCUGUUAGUCUUUUGUCAAGGAAAUUGUUGCCAUUACUUUUUGUUUUCAGGAAAUGAAUCAUUUGGAAUGGAAAUUGAUGACACUCUUACUGUUAUUCUUUUUGAAUCCAUUGUUAUUAAGUUUGGAAUUUUAUGAUA